CUAAAGAUGGGAAGGCUGUGGCCUCUCCUACUCCUUUGCGGGGCAUGGAGUCCUCUGUGUCUGUCAGCAGGUGUAAGCUUCCUUGGGACACCACAGGAGUGUGCAAAUGCUACAUUUGUCCCAGGUUACAAUCUGGGUGGAGAAGGCUUCGACAUUGUCACAAUGGAGAGGAAAGGUGCCUAUGUCAUCGACACUGAAACAUGGGAUCUUGGCAAUGGCAGUUGCAGGCUUUACAGCAACAGCUUGGCCAACAAUGUGAAACAGAAAGUCCCAGUUGCUGUGACCGAUUGGAGAACCUCCACUAAGUGCAAUCUAAAGGUCUCCAGCCAACUCUACGAUUCGGUUGAAACCCUCAUCAAUGACUCCACGUCAUCAGUGUCCAAUGAUUGGAAACUUGGCCUUAAACUCCCUGUAGACCCAUCUCUCACUGUCAGUCUUGGUGUUGCCUUUGGAGGUUCCCACUCCAAAGAAUCAAGAUUUGCCAUUGAGAAGUCGAAAAAAGAUCACUACACCUUCUUCAGCCAUUAUGUCGACUGUCAGUUCUACAGCUGGGUCAACUCACUGAAAAGCACACCUGAUUUGAUCAAAUACAACUUAAAGCCUCUGCACACCAUACUUCCAGUGAAUCAUCCUGCCAGGGCCAGACUGAAGCAGGAGGUGGAGGAGUACAUCAAGAACAACGCAUUGUUGAAACAAUGCUCUGAAAUCUGUAAGGUUGGCCACAGAUCCAACAAGAGGGAUCCUUGUGCUUGUGUUUGUAAUAGCAAUCAGAAUCUCAGGUCAAACUGCUGUCCGACUGGGAAAGGUCUUGCAACGUUAAAGGUUUUUAAUCUCUACGCUGAAGGGCUGUAUGGUGAUGUGUGGACUGAGACAGAUGGCUCAGUGGAGGUGAAUUUUGGGGAUCAGACUAAGCGGACUGCCAUCAUAGAUGACAAUGACAAUCCUAGGUGGCCGGAGACAUUUCAAUUUGGAACCAUCAAAAUCAACAUGGCAAAUACACUUGUGUUUAAUGUUUAUGAUGAGGAUUCUUACUGGAAUAGUGAUCUGCUAGGCCAGUGUUCAGUGGAUUUGCAAGUCGGGCGUGGAAUAGAUUCUUGCAUGCUAAAUCAUGGUACCCUCUUCUACUCCUACCAAGCAGAGUGCGCACCAAGUCUUGGUGGUCAUCAAUGUCAGGAAUACUUACCCUCAUCCAUGAGUGCGUCCUUGGCCAAAGUCUUUUACUCUAAAAAUGGGGUCCUGCUUGGAGAGACUGGAUGAAAGUAGUCGCGGUUAGGUAAGCAGUUGACCUGAGAUGUUUUAGCCUGUUUCCCUACCUUUGUUUGCGAAAAUAAU